UGCGGCGUUUUAAGGUGGACUGGAAAAAUUGAAUAAAUCGUCAAAAACGUGCCUUAAAAUGCUUGUUAUUCAGCAGUUACACACAGAGGCAUCGUUUUCAAAAUCUGCUUGAGCUUGAGGACCGAGUGAGUCUCCUCCUUUGGAUUCUCCUGCAGGGGCUUAUCCAAAGGAGCGAAACCGAAGUGAAAGUUUACUCCUCUCUUCCGGAAUUGUGUCAGGAACAGAUUCAGACGACACUCUGGCUGUGUAAAUACUGAUUUACACUUCGGGAAGAAGCUCGCAGGUUUAUGUUUUUUCAGACAGUUACUCUCACUGUAGAGCACUGACGCCAUGUUCACAGCUGUAGUGCCGAGGUGGGUUUGGCUGUUUCUCCCUCUGACUCUCAGUCAUGCGUCUACUAAUUUAUUUUCCGUGGAGGUUCCUAAGGCUUCAGUCUCAGGCCUGUAUGGAGGCUCAGUGUCUUUGCCCUGCACUGUCUCAAAAAAUAUAGACGUGAGACAGUUUGAAGUGCGCUGGUACCGUCCAUCAAUGUAUAUCACACCAGUUCUGUUGUACAAGAGUGGCCAGAUUGUGGAGACUUCAGCAAAUAAACAGUACCUGGGCAGAGUGUCCCUCUUAGGAGCCCUGGAAAAAGGGGAUGUGUCUCUGAAACUGGACAACCUCAUGAUGGCAGAUGAAGGACUCUACAUAUGUCAUGUUGGCAGUGACAGCUGGUAUGACAAGGGCAACAUGUCCCUGAAAAUACGAGCGGUGGGCUCCACUCCCAUCCUCUCUGUAGCUGAUGCAGGAGAAGGUCAUGUGAAUGUUUCCUGUCACUCUCAUGGUUGGCUACCAAAACCAUCACUAAACUGGAGAGAUGGAACGGGGACAGACCUGAAACACGUCAGCAAAGACAUGUUCACUGAAGAUUCUGAAGGAUUGCUGAGUGUGAGCUCUUGGCGGCUCGUCUCUUCCUCUGAGUCAGGGUGGCUGUCCUGCUCUGUGGCUUUGUCUGCCUCUAAUCAAGAGAUGAGAGAAAGCAGAGUUGUGCCACACACUCAGACAGUUGCAGAUUCAUGGAAAGAAGCCUUCAUUGUGGUCCUCCUCAUCUUGCUGCUGUUCAUCUUGGGGUUUGGAGUGUAUUUUAUGCUAAAUCGAAAAGGUUUGAUUUGUUCCAAGAAACAGAAGAAAGAACAUGCAGAAAAUCUGAUUCAGAAAUGUUGGGUUUUCUUUGACACAGCAUUUCAUUUUGUAUCAGAAAUUCAACCACUGAACUCCAGUGUGGAGAAGGAGCAGCAUGAAGCUCCCACUGCAGAUGCACCUCAUCAGUCUGUGUUAAAAGGAGUAGAUGACCAUCAGGUUCCUGAACCAAAGGUUGACGGAGCAUUCACUGCAGAAACUGACUCAGUGAACCCACCCCAUGUGGAUAAAAAGCAUCAGGAGCAGAAUAAACUUCAAACUGUACUUACAGAUUCUCAGACUGCAUUAAAAGCAGAGUGGGACCAGAUGAAAAGGUUUAAAGUGAACCUCACCAUAGACCCAGAAGAAACUCCACAGUUCCUCAUGAUAACAAACCAGGGAAAGUCAGUAUGCUGCCCUGAUUUAGAAGAGGUAGAUAAUGAUGAUAAAAUCUUCACUUUGUGUAAAGAGAAGUUCAGCUCUGGAAAACAUUACUGGGAGGUGAAGGUGAUGGAGAGAAAUGAAGAUAAACUCUCGUGGUAUGUUGGAGUGGCGAGUGAUGAGGCUGAGAGAAUGUACAGGGUCCCUUUAACUCCAGCUAAUGGAUUCUGGGUUCUCUGUUAUGACAAAGAAUCUGAAGAGGACUGUGGAGUUUACAGUGUAAAUUUAUUAAUGCCACAACAGUUAAAAACAGUUACUAAAAAGUCUUCAACACUAGGAGUGUUUUUAGACUGUGAUGAACACACUGUGUCCUUUUAUGAUGCUGAUAGAAAAUCACUGAUGUACACUUUCACCAACAUGAAACCUGGUAGAUCACUGUAUCCUCUGAUCAGCCCCGGAAUAAGAGACAGAUUUCGCAUAACAGUCUGUUAAAAAUAAGAUGCAAGGAGAGAACUGAAGGACAGCUUUGUAGUAUUAUUAUCUUAUAAAGUUGGUGAUCUUAUCCUCUUUGAUUAUAUGGCACGAAGUUGUGUGUGUAGCAGGUGUGUAUUUGUUGGGUGGAUUAUAAGUCUGCACAGCAUAUCUAAGUAGAAUUGUCAUUACAGCCAAAUCAGUGUUGGACCUUUUGCAUCACUGUAAUCACAGCAUCAUGUUUUCUAUUUGAAAGUACAGUAAUACGUAAUGUUAAGAUAAAACACUGUUGUGAUUGAAUUAUGACUUUGACAUUUCAACACACUUCUUUUUGUAAUUUCUUUUGCAAUCAUACACCGUGUUUAAAUAUAUCACUGUCACAUUAAAGCUCUAAAAAACUUGGGAACAAAAAAAAACACUUAUUACAUUAAUUUCCAUGAUAAGAAUGUUUUUCCUCCUCCUGUAAAAUUACCAUUUUGGAGAGACAAGUUUUUUUUUCUGACAGCUGGAAUUUCUGUCUUUUUUCCAUUAUAACAAAGUGAAAUUUAAAGGUUUGGAAUGACUUGCCGUAUUUACAGUUUUUGUUAUUUGUUAGUAAAUAAUAAAUAAUGUAUGGUAGUUAUCCAUUUAUAUACAUUCGUGAAGUUAUCUGCCUUGAGAUUUGAUCUUUUCAAGAUUGCUACACAGCUUUCUCUGUCAUUAUGGAAUAUAUUUUAUUAUUUUUAAGGCUCUGCUCACUAUUCUGGACACAUUAUUUACAGCUUCCUAGUGUCUUACUAAUUACCUGAAACCUAUUAAGAUGCAGGACUCUCAUUUACACACUUGUCCCCAACUAGUUUGGUUUUAUAUUAUUGAAAACACUGAUUCUAUGUUUAUAUUCAAAGAACUUUUGAUCUAUGUAUAUACUCACAUAAAAUGUGUGACUGACAUUUAUUUGCAUUAAUACAUGACUUUAUACAGAA